UCGGUAGGAUUGGGAAAAGAAGGUAGCAUUGUCGAAGUGUCAUUCUUAGAAAAAAUAAUAAACAAGCAUGGUGGUUUUUGCAGCUUCCCUCUCUCUUCUUUAUUGAUAUGGGAGAAUGGUUAUAACGAAGAUUAUAAAUAUAUUCCUGCUGAUAGUGAUUUCCGAAGGCUGCUGUUAUGCAACAGAGUAUCCUGUACUUCAGGAAUUCACCGUAGAUGUUGGGGGUAAUUUAACCCUUCCAUGCGCAGAUUCAUCCACAGUGUUGCCACAUGCUGACCCCCACUCUGUGAUAUGGGUACGGGAGGGACGAGAUGAUGGAUUUAAUCGCAGGAGAAUUGAGUCUGAUGGAGCCCUCACUCUCACAGCCUUGGAGCGGGAUGAUGCGGGAAUCUAUGCAUGCACAGUGGAAGGAGAUUAUGGGUCAUCUGAGAGUACUGAAGUAAUUAGAUCAAGAGUCAAGGUGGAGGUUCGAACGCCACCACCUCCUCUGGUAAAUGUGACAGUUCGUCCUUCAACAGUGUUGGCCCUCUUGUUGUGGGAAGUAAUAGAUACUGGUGGUUAUCCCAUCACCUACUUCACAGCACGAUAUCGACAGAAGUCUGCUGAAGCAGGCAAAGAGCCUGAUCAUUGGCAUUCUGUCAUGCCAGAACAUAUCAGCCCUAAUGUGCGGCAGAUAGAUGUAUAUCGACUGGAUCCCAAUACUACAUAUGUGUUCAGAAUCUGGGCCAGUAAUGAGCUGGGGCCAGGAGAAGAAACUGUGCUGGAGGCAACUACAUUACAUGACAUUGAAGAGAUAGAAUUGGCUCGCCAUCUGCUGCAAGGAGCCCAGACUUUUGACACACGUGUUUGGGUGGCUGCAGUAGCUGUAGUGAUGGGGACACUACUUAUGCUGGCUGUUGGAACUUGUUACUUGUUAUAUAAAGAUUGUCACAUCCCUUCUAUUCAUCGAGAAGAACAAGAAGUAAUUGAACUAGUUCCCAAUAUCAUCCUUAAUCCUGGAUACUACGAUGAUGAAGCCAGGACAGAGCGAAUAGAACCAGAUGAGAACUCAAAUGACCAGACAACAACAAGAAUUAACAACAACACUGUAGUGCAGCCCAUCCGGGUUUGAUAUAGAAGGUAACCUGCUCUCUAGUAGCCAGGCUCACAAACUUUCACACUGUGGAGAUCUCUGGAACUUAACAUACAACUCAGCUCAUUCUCCAUAAGUCCAUCUUGAGAAGAUGUGGACAGGCCUGUGUAAGGGAAAGAUAACCGUGAGCAAGGUGACUACCAAGGUAGAGUAUGAACAUGUCAAACAAUUAUCAGAGGGGGAUAAGUAACAGUAUCUUCCACUUUGUUUCAGUUUAAUGUAUAUUAAGCUGACUGAUUUUGUAGUAUGUUAUAUUGUGCAGAGUGCUUGUGAUGUUGGGGCGGAGAAUUUUUAUGUGCCUGCUUUUUCAAGUGUAUUUUAAUGCACAUUUUUGUGUAUGAGAGAUCUUCCUUUGGUAACUGUUAACUUCAUUUCAGUGAAUUUUCAUCCAAUCAAGGAAACCAGGAAAUAAUCUUUCCUCUAUAUGGAAAAUGGAUAUGAAUGUUGUUGAAAAUGUGUUGGUCUGUGUAAUAAUGAGUGUAGUUUUCAUAUCAAUAAUUGAUACUAUAUCAGAAAGGUUUUUGUGAAAUGUGGACUCUAGAGCAGUAUUUUGAUUGCAGAAUUAAACUGGACUAAGGAUAUUGAAGGAAUUUAAAUAUUGUAUUAAAUAGUAUUUGGCAAAGGUGUGUCACCACUGCCCAUGCAUUCUGUGUCCAAAAAUAUCAUAUAUUCACAUUAAGGGUUCAGAUGGGAUAUUUAUAGUAAAGAGUACCAAUUUAUGUCUGUAGAUGCUGAAAAGAAAGAAUUGAAGAACCAGGAAUUCAGUACGUUUAUGCAGUGGUUGUCAGUUUCCAAGGACUGCAGAUUUAGCACCACAUUCAGUCAUUUGACACCCACCCACUGCACUCUGAGAAUAAAAAUACUGUUAUGAAAUAAGAUUUGGCAUAUAAAGAGGAGAGAUGUUUUCUGACACAUGUAUCUGAAAUGUUUGAUGGAUGGCAUAUAACCCAACAGUCAGUAGAAAUGAAUUCUGUUGUAAAAUUUGGGAUCCUUAAUUUGGAAAAGCAACAGUGAACAAAUACAUCUGUAUAAAUAUUGCAACAUAUUCUGAAAUAGUGGGUGAGUCUGUAUGAUUCCAUAAAGUUGUGGUGCCAUAUGGCUGAAAUGAUUGAAAAGAAUUUAAGUCAGAAUGUUCUAAAUACUUUGAAUCAGAAGCAUUAAAUAUGAGGGAGAAAUACAGGCUAAAUGUCAUAAGGAUAAAUAAACAUGCAUGUGUAGCACAAAGUUCCGGAUAAAUAUGUUGAGUUUUAUAUGUUGUUUUCUUCACUUCAAAAAGAACAACAAAAUAACCGAUACCAUUUGGUAUUUAUGUAGAAUACAAAAAUCCGGAAUAAGAAUAUGAAUGUAGUGUUUUUACAUUGAACUUGAUAUAAUUAAAUUGUUUUGCAAAGAAAUGUGUUCAUUCAGGAACCUGUUUUUUAAUAAUGUACUUAAUUAUAUAUGAAUCUCUCCUUGUGUAGAUAGUUGUCUUCAUUUCUUGUAGCAGUGGCUGUCUGUAAAAAACAAAUAUCAGGUAAAUCUGUCUUGAUUCCACAACUUUGAGGAGCAUAAUUAUUUUGUACAAAAAUUGUGAAUUUGUUGCUGUAAUGUUUAAUGCCUUAUUUCUUCAUUUUUUGUUAAAGAGUUUGGACCUGAUUCAUAUUAAAAUUCUCCAUAUUGAGCCUAUGACAUGCCAGGCUGUGAUCAGAAUCAUGGAGGAUACACAGUGCUUAGGGUCAGGCUCAACUUAUCAUGAUAUGUGUAGCAAGAAACUGAAAGUGAAGUUGAUAGAAUUUGGUUUUUCUGAGUGCAAGAAAACAUCCUAACCCUACAAAGAAGCCAUUUUUCACUGAUACCACAUUGACACUUUAAAAUGUUUUUGCUUGCUAAGGUUAGGAAUCAGAUUUAUUAUUUUAUGUGUUCACAUGAACAUCACAGUGUAGUGGAUAAUGCACCUGCUUUAUAUCUAGUAUAAAUUUACUUGUACAUGUACCUUCUAAACAAUUUUAUGUUGUUUUUCUUCAGCCAGAAGCUGGGCUAGUACUUUAAAAUAAACCACAGGAUGACAUCUUCCCUCAUACUAGUCAAAUGACCAUUCAUAACCACGAAGAGCACUGUCUUCUAGAAUGUGGUGCUGUGUUGUUUGGUAAACUUGUUCCAGACUACAUGGCACCACAUUCCAGCGGAUAGUACUUCUCUUAGUGAUCACUGUGAGACCCCCAAUCUCAUAUUAACAACAAUCCUUUUGAAGAAGGCAGUCUUCUGGGAUUUGGCGCCGUGUAUAUGUGGUGUUAACCGACGUUUCGGAGGAA